AUGGGUAUGCUUCAGGAAGCCUCCACGAGUAUCCAGCACAGAAUCCCACGGCCACCUGCACUCCAUAUCUACGACCUUGUUACUGUUGGCUUUGGGACCAAAGCACUUGCUCUAGCCACUGCGAUAAAAGACUAUAACACAUCAACCAAUAUCCUCUUCCUUGAGCAAAACCACUCGUUUGAAGAAGGUAACCAUGUUCAAGACCCUGCGACCGAAUUCUGUGAUUUCAUGCAGAAUUCUUUCAUGCACGAUCUCGUCACAUUCCGAAAUCCGACCUCCGAAUUCACGUUUUUAAACUAUCUACAAUCCCACGGGAAGUUGGAAAGCUUCAUAGAGCUUCAAGGUAAAAAGUGUGAAGGCGACGGUUUUAUCCGGCCACUAAGGGACGAGUUCUGCAGAUAUCUAUCCUGGGCGGCGAGAUCUUUUGGAGAUUAUGUGAGGUAUGGGGAGGAGGUUAUUCAGGUCUCGAAAGCAAACAAGUACGCGCAGGAGUCUCUGUGGAGAAUUGUAUCCAAGGACAUGGCAACGCAGGAUACAGUAGUUCGGUUGGCAAGGAACGUGGUGUUUGCAAAUACCGAGCACAUGGCGAGUAUUGCAAGGGACGAGGUGUCGGCGUAA